CUUACCUCUGAACAAAGUUAGAUGUCUCAACUUCUCCUUGUAUGUCUUGGGCUUCAGAUUCCUAAUCAUAGCAGAAAUCAUCCAUUGACUUGGUCCAGUAAGCUAGUAUCUUCCUUGUCACUGGGGAGCCCCAAAAUAGAGACAGUAUGCUGCAGUUUGAUAAAGCCAGACUUUAUUUUCAAAAAGAUGCAACCGCACCAUAGCCUCUAGUCCUAGGAUUCUUCUGCCUAAAAGAUACAGCCCUCAAUUUGAAAUGGGCUACCUCUUUCAAAAUUCACCACUUCGGUGUGCCCUACAACUACAUCUGUGACAAUGUUUCGCUGCAAGUGACAAUUUUAAGACUAGAUCCAUUCCUCUGUGUUUCUUUUUCAAAAUAUCAUGUGAGCUCACUGUUGUCAGCAACUGCGAGACUGAGAGACCCCCCCACGGGAUGUGACGCGAUAGGCCCUCUCCCUGCUCUAUGAUUGAUGUGUGGCACGUGCCUUAGGGGCGUACACGAAGCACAUAGGUUAUAUAAGCUAGAGUUCACGUGUAAUAAACACCAUUUUGCUGUUCAUCAUAUUGGUGUGUGCGUGCAGUCAUUUGGUCCUGGCCUGGUUUUAGGUCAGUACCGUAGGAGGCAAUGCAACAUUGGUGCCCCGUGUGAGGAACCAGUGCGGAACCCACUUGUGAGGAUCCCCCUUGCAUGAGAAGCCAACUUGCGUUAAAGUCUCCUGCGAGCCUGCGGAAUUUCCAAUGCCGUAAUGAGGUCCCCUGAGGAAAAGAACACCGCAAAUAUGCCCUCAGCUAUGGCAACUAACAUCUCGUCCGCACCUUCGGCACCCCCCUUCGCUCCCCCCUCGGCUUCAGCUUCGCAUAAACAAGUAGAAGAAGACUGCGCUAAACUGUCUGCACUUUUAUCAUGCAACACCGGCCAAGUGCAGGAAUCCAAGGUCGUUGAAACUCCCCAGCCGUAUCCACGACAACCGCUGUAUCCUUCUCUGUGUAAUCCAAUACCACCUGCGGGGGCAGGGAAAGAAGUGAGCUGGGAUGGGACACUUGCUGUCUCUUCUCAGGAGGUGGAAUGCAGUAACACCCAGGGGGGUGGGGACUGCGGGAAAGGUCUGGGUACGGAUUGGUCAAAAGUUAGAGAGGCGGUAGAAGAAAAAACAGCAGAGAGAAAGGGAAGCGAUGUAACUUACAGGCGCUCGGAUGAUAACGUCCGGCCAGCACUGUCCACCCUGAUCGCGCCUGAAGGAGUAGGUGGCGUGUGGGCAGCGCUGUCUGCUCAGGUUGCACCCGUAGGAGAAAGACAAAAUGACGAGAGUUUCCGGACCCACUCCCUACCACAGCAUUCAGACCCACUGAUUCGACCCACACAUCCUUUUACAAGAUUGAGUGUGUAUGCAACCAAUCAGAAGCCUCUACAACAGUCAGUGCAUGAUCAAAGAGAGAUGGGUCUGAGGGGAGGGGUGCGGAGCCCGCAGCUUCCAGCUGUAACUGAACAGGACAGCGAGAAGAGAGAGGUGAAUUUGCAUUUAGGAGUUAAGAGAGAUGCACUAACAGAUUGUGGGAAGUUUAGAUCUAGCCUGAUAGAGGAAGGAAAAGUACUGGAGAUCUUCCUGGUAGUAGGGAACGAUAACGGAGGCCCAGAAGGGGUACCCCUCAAUCGGAAAGACAUCACACACCUGAUAGAUUGUGCAGAGAAACAGGGGUUGAAAUCAUUCCUUGCUUUAAAUGCAUUAGAAGUCCUGACAGCAUCAGGUCUUCUCUUUCCUCAUGAUACAACAAAUCUGAUGUGCAUGGUUUUUAAGCCAGUCCAGUAUACAUUGUGGGCAUCAGAAUGGGUUCCCUUCAUGGACAGGUGGCCAGACUGAGGCCUGGAGAACAAG